CUAACCUUUGCCUCGCUUCCCAGCGGCAGAGAGCUACCUUUGCCUCAUUUCCCCAAAACCCAUGGCUUCAAUCGUCCUCUCCCCCAUCGUAACCCAAAUCGUCGAAAAGCUUUCUGACUUAGCUCUCCACCAUAUCUCACUCUUCUGCACACUCCAAACCGAGCUCCAAAACCUCAAAGUCACAGUCUCUGCCAUCCAUGCCGUCCUCCUCGACGCGGAAGAGCAACAAUUCCACAAUCGCCAGGUCAAAGACUGGCUCGAGAAGCUGUCCGAGGUGAUGUACGAUGUCGACGAUCUGCUCGACGAUUUCGCCACCGAGGCAGCGCUCAAGAAGCUGGCAGCAGCAGCAGAAGAUGAUUAUGUCGAGAGAAGAAAGACGACUUGCUGGAGUACCACGGUAUGUUCUUCUUCGAAGCAAUUGAUGUAUGGUUAUCGGAUGGCUCGCGAAAUCAGGGCCAUUAGGGAGAAGCUGGAGCUUCUGUCUAAGGAUAAGGACAAUUUCCAUUUGGAAGUUCGCGUUGACGACGACCUAGCCAGUCUUCCGUUCAGGGAGACGGAUUCUUGUCCGCCGACGAUCGUUGUUGGGAGGAAAGAUGACCAUAGUAAAAUUGUUGAAUUGUUGCUUGAUUUUGAGAGUGGGGACAAUAUCUCCGUUGUUCCAAUUGUUGGGAUUGGUGGGUUGGGGAAGACUACUCUUGCUCAGCUUGCUUUUGACGACGAACGAAUGAUUGAGAGCUUUGAAAUCAAAGUCUGGGUGUAUGUUUCGCAGAAUUUCGAUAUCAAAGCGAUUCUGGCAAAGAUGUUGGAAUCGAUAAAUCGCAAGAGCCAGCCUGCGGAUCUUGCAUUGGAUGUUUUGAAAGUUCUGUUCCAGGACAAGAUUAGAGGGAAGAGGUUCUUGUUCGUGCUGGACGAUGUUUGGGAGGAGAAUGAAGGAAGUUGGGAGGCUUUGGGGAAGUAUCUGACUGUUGGUGCACCUGGUAGUAAAGUUCUGGUGACAACACGGUCUAGGCUAGUUGCAGAAGUCAGCAGCAAGAUUUUGAAGCCUGCAACGAGUACUAGUUUGGUGGGGUUGCCUUAUUUCUUGGAAGGCUUGGAGCUUGAUGAGGCUUGGAACUUAAUGGUGAAGAAGGCUGGAGUAGUCCCACAAAGCUCUAACGUAGAGAGCAUCGCGAGAGAGAUAUUAGGGAAAUGUUGCGGGGUUCCCCUUGCUGUGAACAUGGUAGCUGGUUUGUUAAGUUCCACAGAUCCUGAAACAGAGUGGCCCUUGUUUCUGCAGAAGGAACUUUGGACCAUAUCUGAAGGAGAAAAUCCUAUCAUGUCAGCUCUCAGGCUAAGUUUCAAUCAUCUUCCUGCGCACUUAAAACGUUGUUUUGCUUACUGUAAGUUGUUCCCGAAGGGUCAUGUAUUCGAUGUUCAAAGGCUGGUGCAGUUUUGGAGAGCCCAAGGGUACAUUGAAUCGGCAGAUCGAGGCUUGGAAUUGAAUAUGGGUUUGCGGUAUUUCAAGACGUUAUGGUGGAGAUCAUUCUUUCAAGAGGUGCUGGACCUCAGUUGGUGUCGCCUUCUAAAAGAACUACCGAGGGACUUAAAAAAGAUGGUUAAUUUGAUGCAUCUGUACCUCUAUCCCUUGGGGGUGAAAUUGACCCACAUGCCAAAAGGGAUUGGGGAAUUAACUUCCCUUCUAACUUUACCAGUUUUUGUGGUCAGCAAGAAGAAGAAGAGCAGAGGAAAUGAUAACAAGAUGGAGGAAGAAGUUGGGGGAUUGGACGAGCUGAAAGCGUUGAAUGCAUUGCGUGGAGAGUUAACCAUUAAAAACUUGGUGAAGGCUGAAUCAGUUGAAACUAGGUUGGAGCUGCGUAAAACCGGGUCGCAGUCACUUCUACGUACAAUGAACAUGAAAACAACAACAAUGGCAAGCUCUCCUCCUUUGUCCAAGUUGACAUCAUUGCAGCUUGUGGAGAUGGAUGACCUCGAGACUCUCCCGGAAGAAGGGCUCAGCAACUUGACGUCUCUUCAAGUGUUGGAGAUUGUCAAAUGUUUGAGAUUAGCAUCCUUGAGUGCAGUGAGGAACCUACAUUCUUUGCAAAAACUAGAUAUUCUGGAGUGUCCUCAAUUGAAUGACAGAUGCAGAAAGGGGAAAGGGGAAGAUUGGCCCAACAUUUCCCACCAAAUUCCCGGUUGCAAAACAGAUUCGUGGAAAGUUGGGCAGCUUGGCAUAGGAGCAGAUUGGACCCUUAUGCUCUCCGAGAAACGAGCUCCGGAAACUCAAGGACGCAGAAGGUGUUCCGAUGACACUCGAGGCCAACUUUCCAUUGUAAAGAUGGUGCACUGUUGGGAUGCAUUAAGCGAGAUGAGAGUUGCAUUUUGCACUGAAUCAAUCAUCGGGUUUCGUAAUCUGAAACUGGAGAUGCUGUUGAAGAGAGUAGACUACUCUGGCGGUGGCCUAUGAUAGCCUUCUUCAAGUCUCCUAGAAGAAACAACUUCCAAUGUUAAAGCAUUACACAUGAUCAUAGACCAAAUUCCUGACGAUUAUCCAUUUUCAGAAAGUCUUGGGUGUAGUGAGAAACCUUCGUUCUUUGCAAAAACUAGAAAUUGUGGAGUGUCCUCAAUUGAAUGACAGAUGCAGAAAGUGGAAAGGGGAAGAUUUGCCCAACAUUUCCCACGUCCCAGAGAUAAUGUUGGACGGAAGAGUAUUUAAAUGGGGGUUUAGAAUGAAAGAUUGCAGAAGCAGAGUAUGGUGUUAAUUCUCCAUCUUCUUCCACAUUUCUAUGUUUGUACAAUGCAUGUCCUCUGUAAAGAAGAAAAGAAUGCCACUAUACGGAUAUAUGUCUAUUGUAUGUCCCGGAUUCUCAGUGUAUACAAAAUGCCACAAUGUUUGUAAAUUUGGUAUGUUCCCUAAAUGUUUUUUCAUUCCCAACUAUUAAUGAGUG